GUUGACCAUGCGGCCUCGGAAGCUGAAGCACAUGGCGAGGAGGCGACUCCCUUCUGCAAAAGUUUGUGUUUGAAGACAGACGUGCUGGACUGGAACAUGACUUGCGAGGAGCUUCCAAAGGACGAUUGCAUCUCCACACAUUUCUUUCAGACCUUGGGCGCCUGCGAACGCAGGCUUUGCGUUUGGUCUGCUCCAUGGACAUGUGCUCUGGACUCCACGCAGGCGUGUUUGGACUGCAACUGGCCAUGUGGUCGCAAGGCAACCACCAGUACUACAACUACCAGCACCACUAGCACCAGCACCACUAGUACAACGUCAACCACAACCACGACAUUCACUACAACUGUGAUAAGUCAUGAGCUCGGAGGUGUGUUUGGGGCCGAAACGGCGGGUCCGAGCGGCAGCUCCAACGAUGAUGGGAAUGGCUACUACGUUCAUGGCGAGGCUGAGAAAUCGGGUGUAGCGGCAGCUCGGGUGAAAGCUGCACGUGAUUUCAGUGCAGUGGAGAUGGUUGAGGCCGGUUCUUCCCCGGUAGCCCUAUCGAUCAUCUUUGCCGAACGUGGAACGGGCACAGAACUAAAACCCAAUGAGUCAUUGGUCUCAGCGAUGAUUCGGCAGAAAAAACGUCUCCAGCAGGGAGCUGUACAGACCAAGCUCACAGUGGCAGGCAUCAAUGCAGGUCGAAGUGAGGAGAAGGCCACCCAAGCAUUGACUGAUGCGCGUCAGUCCGAUAUGAAGCGUGUGUUCAGCAAUAUGGGCCUAGCUGUGGAGAAGACAGGUGAGUUCAGAGAUCAGCUUUCAAUCACGAUUGAAAAAACGAGCGCCGCAAGGCAGAGGACCAGACUUCCAAGAACAACAAUCCUGGUUGCCCUGAUGCUGAUCUUCCACAUCAGAAGAGUUGGCCAAGCUCCAGAUGGAAGAGCUUCGUGGAGCCCAGAUGUUCAUGUCACAGUUUGCCCGGGAAGCACGCAGGAAGUGCCCGUGGGCUGCUUCGAAUUCUGCGCGCGCACGGAUGUGAGGAGCAUGAGUUUGACCUGUGACCAGCUCUCGGAGAGCCAGUGCAGCUCGGGGAACUUCUAUCAGACAGAUGUAGCGGGCCAUCGCAGCUACGAGGAUGAAUGUCAGGUGGACGACUCCUUUGUUUGCAACGCCACCUUGCCGAUCUGCCGCGUUCCUUUGCUGAACACUUCUACUUCCCCUCCAGUCCUCCCCACGGUGUCCGACCCGGACACCACCACGUUCUCGGCGGCUUCCGCCACGACGGCUUCAGAUGGCGACGACACGGUGGAGGCGGUGAUCGAAUCUGUGGAAGCUGCAGCUCGAGAGUGUUUGGCAUCGGGCAGCACAGACAAGGAGAUCUGGCGGAUCUUCCAGCUUGCCUCCAGUUCCUCCGGUUCCGAGCCCGUUCCAAUGGCGGAUCGUCCUCGUCCCGCCGAUCGGGUAGGUUCGUUCAUGCGUGUUGAGUGGCUGCAUCUGGGUUGGUUCUGCACCCAUAUUCUGAGAUCUGUGGUUGAUACUGACCAGACUAAGCAAUUGAUUGGAUCCCUAGCUUCUGAAGUCCAGACUUUGCAGCUUGAGUUGCAUCGUGCACACCGAUUGUUGGACAAGUACGCUGAUACGGUGGAAGUGGCUGAAAGAACUGGGACUAUUCACGGUUGGAUCACACCAACAUCCCUUGGAAAGAAGGAAGGUCGCUGGAUUUCACUCUCGCCGGACUAUGAUUUGGAGACUAUCGAUCUGAAUGCUCGACAGCAUAUAGUGUUGGGGCGACGAAGCCCAUUCCCAGCCCAUCUGCUUCCGGAGAUCUAUGCCUUUGAUGUCAUCCCUCGCGGUGACUUGGAAAGCUACCGCCGACGUGCUGCCACCAUGGCAGUGGUGUUAGGUGAUGAGGACAUGCAGGAGAUCCAGUCGCAGUCAUGGGUUUUCUCGGAUCCACAAUCAUCCAGAUUGGGGACAGAGGUCAGGCCUGAUGCUCUAGCUAACGCUGUUUUCAUGGGCAAUCGUGGUUUGGUUGAGGUCGAUGGGGCCAUUGAGGGCAUUGAGGAGAUCCCAUCAACAGAUGUUUCUGGUUUUGCCGACAAGAUGAAGGGCACUCAAGGUGAGCUUAGGACCAUAGGCACACACAUUGAUUCUCAGGGCAAACGAUUCAUUGCCUUGAGUGACGCCUUUCCUUUGAUGCGGCAGAGCGAGCUGCCAGAUUGGACUUUUGAAGGCCCUCGGGCUACCCAGGAGAUGUUGUCUUCAGUUUUGCAAGGCACUGCAGACCUCACAUCAUAUCAUUUGCAGUGGAUUCAGCAUUCGGGUGUGAAUCAGAAGUCUUCCAUCAGCCAUGAACACAAGUGCUUGAUUGAAUGUUUGCGUUUGGCCAUUUGCCGAGAUCAGCUUGAUGUGACCAAUCUCAUGUCCAUGGAGCUGCUCACUCGGCGCAUCAUUCAGCUUGAACUUGCUGUCAGCUGUAACCCAUCAUCACCUGAGUUUGGAGGGUUGGAUUUGCUCAUGGAAGCACCUAUCAGUGUGGGAGGGGCCGCCAGUGUUCGUGCUGUUGACACUUGGUUGACAGCACGGUUGAAAGAGCAGGCCGACAUUCAAAAACAGACACGCCUCUAUCGGGAGGAGCAAGCCAUGAAAUACAAAGACAAGACCGGAGGUGGCAUGUUGCGAUCCAAGUUCAGAUCGCAUGGUGACCCCUUUCCUUUGUGCCAGACCUUUGUACAAUCCGUGGCCGAGGAUUCGGGGGUCUUUUUUCCACAGCGAGCUUCGUGGUCAGCUUGUGCUCUGAACACUCUUGCUUUGCAUGGAUCGAAUUCAUCUUUUGCUAAGUCACUGCGCAGCUCUCCGCCAGUCCGAUCCCAAGUUCAUUUGGCCCAGAAGGUUCGAGAUUGCUUAAUUGAAGCGGGUGAGCCUCCAGGUGACUUGAGUGGGCAGUCUGCCCUAUCGGCAAUGGCCGGGAGCAAAAGCCUCUAUGAAGAGCCUGACGAGCCACUUGCGUACGGCAUUGAGGCAGAUGUGAACGAUUGCUUUUACAACUUUUUCAGUGAAGAGCUAGCUUCUUGGUUUGGCAUUCGUUUCCCGUUGACCGUUGGCCAGUGGGUGAAAGCUGGAUGGAAACCAACCGACAUCUAUGAUGAUAGCACUGGGUUGUUCUUUAAGCCUAACGAUGAUCUUGUUGUUUUUCCUGUCUUUAGGGGUUUAUGCAUGGGCUGGUCAUGGUCCCUUCAUUUUGCUAAUGAAGCAGUGUGCCACAUUGUUUCCGGUCGCAUUGAGCGACCGUUGCAAGAGAUUCGUGACCGUAAUCCAGCUCCUUGUGUUCUUCAGGGUCCCAUCACCGGGGUGUACGUUGACAACAUUAGCAUUAUUGCUCGUACCAAACCAGAGGCUGCAGAAGCUGCUGGUCGUGUUGCAAACUUUUUCGAGCAAGCUGACAUCCCACUUACUUGGACCACCACAGAGCCUGUUUCUGUGUUCACCACGGUAGGUGUCAUUUUGGAUUUCAAAGCAGGGGUCAUUCGCAAUAAGCCCAACAGACUAUGGAGGGCGUUCGCGGCGGGUCGAGGGAUCCUCCGUCGCAAGAGGGUUGAUGUAGGUGAUUCUUCCACCAGUGCAUAUGCUCUUAUGACCACAUGGUGUACUUUUGCCGAGAUUGCCCAUUUGUGCAAGUGGCGCGAAGUCUGGAGAUUUUCUCCUAUGCCUGAAGUUGUGAGGCAUGCCAUUGAAUCCGGUUCACGUGAAAACCUAAUUGCCGUGUUGAACGAACUUACUACUCGAAAACAGGAAAAUGGUUUGGUUCCUGAUGAGAUUCGAGCAGUGCGUCCUUUUGGUGCGGGCUUGCUCACUCAGUAUGCCGAGUGGUUGUUGACUGCCCAGUCUGAUCCCACAUCCUGGCUUAGGACUAGCCCCAUAAAAUCCCAAAUGCGGUCCAAGCAGAGUCGUCGCUUAGAAGUUGAUGUGUCUGCCAUGGUUCCCCCCAUUCCCGACAGCAUGUGCCAGCGACCUAGGUACACCCUACUGUGGAGAAAAAGGUGGAGGGACGCCUCAGCUCACAUAAAUGUGAAAGAAGCUCGAGUGGCUCUAUCGUCGCUUCGCAGGACUGCUAGGGUAGGGUCUUUACAUGGCAAAAUCAAGAUCACUUUGACGGACAACAUUGCAGCCCUUUGCAGUUUUGAACGGGGUCGUUCUUCAAGUGUAGCACUGAAUAGGGUGUGUAGGCAAGCUAGCGCCUUGCAGUUUGCCGCAUCAUUGCGCUGGAGACUGCGACAUGUGGAAACUGCACGAAAUCCAUCCGAUCAUGAUUCCAGGUUUGAUUCAGCCAAAGCUAGAUCAUUUCGUAAGCCUCUAGUCAGCAGGAAUUAUACAGGUGUUCAGCCAGAUGUGGCCACGACAUACAGUGGCCAGCCAACAGGCAAUUCGGCUUCAUCCAAGACACCAUGUAAAAGCCGACAUGCUUUCCAUGGGGCUUUCCUCGAAGUGUUUGCAGGCACGGCCAGACUUUCCGAAGCUGUGGAGAGAUCGGGGGCUGCUGUUUUUACCCCUGUUGAUAUAUCGUUUGGGUCCCACCAUGACCUUAAACGACGUGCCACACAGCUUGCCAUUUUGGCCUGGUUGAAAAGCGGUUGGAUUCGUUUUGUUCACAUCGCAACUCCUUGCACAGUUUUUAGUAGAGCCAGGCAUAAUAUUAGGAAUUUGGUUCGUGCUCAAGAAAAGGAAAGAACGGGUAUUGAACUUGCCAUCUUCACUGCUGAAUUGAUCUUCACAUGCAACAGGUUCAACAUAUUGUGGAGUUUGGAAAAUCCCUGGACAUCUAGACUCUUUGAAGUGCCUGUCCUUAGUGAACUUUUAGGUAGACCUGGGGUUCGUCAUUUGCGUGUUGAUUUUUGUAGGUAUGGUGAAAAGUUUAAAAAGCCAACUGCCAUCUUUACCAACUGUCAUGAACUUGAUUCCUUACAGCGCCAGUGUAAUCAUCAGAAGCACGAACAAGUAUUACGGGGCUCGGAAAAUAUUAAAGUUGCGGGUAAGUCUGUUUCCCAACCCAAGACCAAGAGAGCUGGGGCCUAUCCUUUUGAGUUGUGUGGCCAGUGGGCCCGAAUCAUUAGACCGCUCCUUGACUGUCACGAUGUGACAUUUCAUAGUGCUGUGCAGCAAUGGGACAAUGAGCUCAAAGCUGCAGCUAAAACGCCGAAGGUUGUUAGAAGACAGGCACAAGCCGCUGACACUUGGGACUUUCUCACAAACAAGUUCCAUCAGCGUGUCGGGUUGCCGCAAGAGAUCUUUCUCUUCGGCCAGCACUCCAGCCAAGAAGUUGGGCGCAGACGCAAAAAGCAGGCCAAGACAAAAAUCCCAAAGCCUGAAACGAUCUUUGCUGAAAAGUUCCAGCAAGGGUGUCGCGCAUGGCAUCCGGGCAAAGCUGCCUAG